AUGUCUCAAGAAAAGAACAAACAAAUUCUAACCUUUAUUAAUUUUGUAGAUUAUUUUAAACCUAAAUAUGUAUUAAUGGAGAAUGUUACUGGAAUGUUAAUGAACAGUGAUGUAUUUGAUGUUCCAAAAUUCAUCAUUUCUAAAUUCAAAGACAUUGGCUAUGAUAUUCGAAUAUCCGUAUUCAAUGCCAUUCACUUUGGAAUCCCUCAAUCUAGGUCUAGAUUAUUCUUUUUGGGUCAAAGAACAUCAACGACGAAUCUAAACACUCAUUGCACGAUACAAUUUCCAAUUCCAACUCAUGCUGGAAGGGUGAACUCUUCCGUACCUAAUGUUUUUAAAAGUUUAUUAUAUUCGUAUCCUAAUGCUAUUCAAAGUGGUUCAAUGCCACCUGUAAAUUUAAGAGACUACAUUUGUGAUUUGAAACCAUUGGAAGAAAAUGAUUCUCAUCCACGAAAUGUGAAUUCUGAUCAUCAUUCAAAAGAUGUGAAUCAUUCCUAUCCAAGAGAGGCUCUCACGGUGUAUCAAAAAAUUGCCCGAAGAGGAUGUGAUCGUUUAACGAAUAUGGAGUACAGAGAAUACAACAAUUCAUUUCUUACAAAAUCAGUGAUUCGUUGCUUACCAAGACGGUCUGGGGCUACCAUUGAAGAUUUGGAAUUUGAUUCAUUAAGGAUUGCAAUUUCAAAAAAACAAAAAUCAAAGAAAUCCUUCAAACGGUUGGAAUGGUCGAAACCAAGCUCUUGCAUCGUGUCGAAUAUGAGUGUCACGCAUUUUGAAUUUAUUCAUCCUACAGAAAAUCGAAUUUUAAGCAUUCGAGAGUGUGCGCGAAUUCAAGGUUUUCCAGAUACUUUUGAAUUUGUGGAUGAUCAGGGUCCUUUGUGUCGCUCCCAAAAAUUAAAAGAAAAGUAUACACAAAUUGGGAAUGCUGUUCCUGUCGUUUUUGGAUUUCAAUUUGGAAUUGAAAUUAGAAAAGCGUUUAUCAAGAGCACACAACCGAAUGACCAUUCGAUGGUACAACAUCACAUAUCAAUCAUUUCUGAACAAUUAGAACGAAUACUGAAGGAAUCGAGCGAAAACGCUAAUAGGACAAUUGCUGAGUGGUCAGAGCAAGACUUUGAGAUAUCCAACGACUUGCGAGAAGGUACUACUUUGGAAUUUCGAAAGGCAGAAAAGGAAUUCCACAACAGUGAUGAGUUUGUUUCUCAAUUUCUAAAUGUGCAACUCGAGCAACCCUCCUCCAGCCUGUCUAUGGAUGAAGAUUCAGAUGAUCACAUGGUUGAAAACGACUUUGAAGGAUCUCCAUUGGUUUGA